UUAGACUAGGUGCGGAAAAAAAAUAAUUCCGUAAUCAAAACUACUUGGAUGACAAAUUUGACUUAUAUAAACCAGAUGGAAUCCAAAUAAAGUGACAAUUAGAGAAAUAUUAACAUGAUCAAAUCUUCGGAUGACAGGAAAAAGUUGAUCCGGUACAAUAGCCGCAAAUAUCAUUGAUCCAAGCAGAACGAACAUUCCUUAAUGCUGUGUUGUCAUUUUCUUGUUGAUUCUAUGUUAACAGUUGUAAGGUAUUGGAUAAUACUAUACUAAAUUGAGAACCUUGCGAUUUAUCAUAAUAGAAGCUACAUUAACAAUGUCGAGGAAUAUUGUAUUUAUGGGGGGCACCUAAUUGUUCCAAUAGAGUUGGUUUUCAUUUGGAAUUGACGGAAGGAAAUCUCAACCACAUAUGCUGUCUGCUAGCGAGGUAUGUGUUUAUAGGAAUGCAUAAUUGUAACAUCAUAGACAAUUUAAUUUGGAAUCGUAACAGGCAGUAUUUACAGUUCUCUGAACACGACAUGUAGUGCUACAUUGCCAAAAUUUCUGUAUGUAAUAUAUAUAAAAAGCAUUCACUGCUAAUUGUGCUACGGAAUAUAAAUUACUAAUAGUUUAGAUGUUGUGUUUGUUAGACGAUUCUUUUUUUGAGUCGUCUUCCGUUAAAUAAUUUCUACCAAUUCGUAUGACACUGGAUUUUAAACAGACAGGCCUCGCGUCCAGUGACACUGGGACUCCUCAGCCUGGUCCCAGUGGUCCUAACUUAUCAAUAAUUCAGCAUGGGAAUCAGUACAGGCGAUGUCAGACGGACUCUAGCAUGGAUUUAACAAAAUUAAAACCAGCGCCAGACCGGCCUCGACUUUUUAUGUCCAAAUCUGGCAAGGUUGUGAUAGUAUUCCCAAAUGGAGAAAUUGUUGAAGUGGCCAAUCCGCCUGACAGAGCAAAAGAUGACAGUACAGUUGGAUCAAAAAAUGGCCAGUUAUCACGUGCUGGUUCACUUACAGUAUUACGAAGAACAAGCUCAAAGUCCAAAGUGGGCUCCACUAGUAGUAGUCGAACCUCAAUAAGUACAGAAAACGAUUCCUAUGCGAGUGUCGACCUAGGUGUUGACAAACUCCCUCCUACAGAUACCCCCGAUGCUUCCCAUGUUUGCUCAAUUAGGUUACGAAAUUUAAUACGAAGGCUUCAGAAAGAAGAUAUUUCAAAAGAAGAUUUGCAAAGGAAUUUAGAAUAUGCAGCAUCUGUGUUAGAAACAGUGUAUAUAGAUGAAACUAGUACUAAUAAAGAUAGGAAUGAAACACAAAAGCGUCUCUGUGAUGAAGAUGACGAGCUCAGUGAGGUUGAGCCGGAUGCUGUUCCGAGUGAAGUUCGGGAUUGGUUAGCCUUGACCUUCACACGCUCCAUGAGCAAUAUCAAAAGACGAGGGGAAGAAAAACCAAAGUUCAAAAGUGUUGCUCAUGCCAUACGGGCUGGUAUUAUGGUUGACAGAAUUUACAGAAGACUUUCAAGUUCAACAGGAUUACACGUUCCACCCCAUGUUCUACUGUUAUUAAAGCAUUUAGAUGAAUGGGGAUUUGAUGUUUUUGCUGUGAACGAUGCCGCUGACAAUCAUUCUUUGAAAUUUGUUGGUUAUGAACUCUUACAAAAAUAUGAUAUAAUUGCAAAAUAUAAAAUCAACAGCACUGUUCUGGACACUUUCCUGUUAAAUCUUGAAAUAGGAUAUAGCAAAUAUAAAAACCCCUACCACAACCUUUUACAUGGUGCAGACGUAGCCCAGAGCGUGCAUGUGAUAUUAAACCAGAGUAAAUUAGUGCAUUGGUUGACAGAUAUAGAAAUUUUUGCUACAAUUAUUGCUGCUUUGAUACAUGAUUAUGAACACACAGGAACUACAAAUAACUUUCAUAUAAUGACAGGGUCCGAAGUUGCUCUGUUGUACAAUGACAGAGCUGUAUUAGAAAACUACCAUAUCAGUGCCUCAUUCCGAAUGAUGAAAAACGAUGACAGCAAUAUACUAAGUAAUCUCAGCAGAGAGGAAUAUAAAGAGUUUCGUAACCUGGUGAUAGAUAUGGUUCUCGCUACAGAUAUGUCUUUCCAUUUUCAACAAAUUAAAAAUCUGAAAGGUUUGCUGAGUAUGCCAGAAAGCAUUGACAAGGCUAAAGCUUUAUCCAUGGUGCUACAUUGUGCAGAUAUAGGUCAUCCUGCUAAAGAAUGGAAUUUGCAUUACAAGUGGACAAAUCAAUUGCUGGAAGAAUUCUUUAGACAAGGAGAUAGAGAAAAAGAAUUAGGUCUGCCAUUCUCUCCGUUGUGUGAUAGAAGUGGUGUUCUUGUAGCAGAGUCACAAAUAGGUUUCAUUGACUUCAUCGUCGAUCCAAGUUUUCAGGUUAUGUCAGACAUGUUGGAAAAGAUUGUUUCCAAUUUAUUGAAAGAGCAGAGGAGUGGUUCAGGAACGUCGAUAAAUGAAGACCAGGCAUAUGAUGUGAAGAAAGACAAAAGUACGAGCACAACAAGCUUACACUCUUCAAGUGGAUCAUCACGAUCAUCAACUCCUAAACUUCUUGGUUCAGAUGGAAAAUUUGAAUUCCUAAAGCCCUGGCUUGAUCAUUUGGUGAAGAAUAAACAGAUAUGGAAGGAAAGGGCAGCAAAAGAUGCAGAAGAGCGAAAGAAAAAAGAGGAAAAAGGAGAGAAUACAAAUAACAAUAACUCAGACACUUCUAGUAAAACGAGUGAUGUUAAAACAAAUGAUUCUCAGGCCAAUUCUCCAAUCCCACUCAAUCCUAGCGGAAAAUAAACAUUUCAGGAUAGUAAAAUCAUAGCUUUGUCACAUCAAUGUAUUCAUCAAAACAUCAAUUAAAAAAUCAGCCAUUUUGUUUUCUGUCAUCUGCUGUCAAUCUGAUUGGAUGAUCUCGCUAGUUUCUGCCAUCUAUAACCUGGUGAAAUUUUGACCUGGAAGUACUUAAAAGUUGAAUCAUGUGUAGAGAUUUCGUCACAUCACUGUGUGAAUCUCACCUCGUUGGAAUUUUAUCUGUGAUUUAACCGUUUUUAUGAAUUUAUUUAUACACACAUCACAUUACAGCUUUUGUUUGAAUAUAUAUUUGUAAAGGUCAAAUAGGUAAAUGAAUGUGGUUCCUGCAUCUUUAAAUAACUUUUGCAUCUUUUUAGUAGGGAGGAUUUUUUUAUGGUUUUGGUUUAUUCACAAAUUCUUUGAAUUUUAGGGGUCUAAAAUCUAAAAUUAACAUUUUCUUGUUAAUAAUUAUAAAAAUCUAAUGAGUGGGUAAUAAAAAAUUUUAAAAAUCCCGGGCAAGUGUUGAUGAUGUUUUAUUUGCAAGAACCACACAUUUGUUCGUGUUUUUUUUUUUUUUUUAAUUUUAACAGUUUUUGAAUGUACCUGCACUUUCAGUUUUUUCCUGUGCCAUAUGGUCGCCACAUUUUAAAAUGUGAGCCAUGCGAUAAAAUGUUGGUUGGAAUUUCAUCCUAUAGAUGAUAAGAUCUGAUUUUUACUUAUGAUAAAAAAAGAAGUAAAUGAGAUAAAAUAAUAAAAACUGUUUUGGCAAAAAAAAGUGUACAAGUUACUUGAUCCAUUGUUAGAAUUUAAAUUAGGACUAAAAACAAAUACUUAGCUGAUCUGGCAGGUUGCCUUUUUCAAUAAGAAUUAGCAGGAAUCAGGAAUAGAUUUAAGAGAUAAAUGAGAGAGUUAAUCAUUUUCAUUUCAUGUGUAAGUAUGGUUUAAUAGAGAAAAGAAAGAACAAAGCACAACAGUUCUAAACAAACAUGUUUAUUCCCGAAAAAGGUUGAAGUUAAAAAUUCAUCGAUGAAGUUUAAAAAAUAUUUUAUAUAAUUUUUGAAAAAUCAAAUGACGUUGACAAAUUAGAUAAUUAUAAAUAUCUAAGUUUUACAUUUUGCCAGAAAAUAUUAAAAAUCAUGAAUUAUGACACUUGUUUAUUGAAGAAACGAAAAUUUUCAAUUCAUAUAUCUACUUAUUUCAGAAAUUAAAAAAAAAAAGAAUUCUCUAUACUGAACUUUUCUGACUAAUUGUUCCAUGUGCUUUCAGGUUGAACAUAAAUAUAUUAAAUUUGGAAACUUUUAGCCUUACUGCAAAAUUUAAAACUGUCAAUACCAGCUAAUUAUUUAUUUUGUAUGUCCUAGAAACUAAAAUUUUACCAUGAAACAUUUUUUUAUAGAAAAUUUAGCUUCGAGCUCAGGGUGCUUUCUACAACAAACUUUAUUAUUAAUUUUUAAGUAGAUUAUAGAUAUAUAUGAUAUUUAGUAAAUGAUAGUUUAAUUAUAACUACAUAAAUUUAGGCACAACUCUGUUAAAUGAGUAAAUGGUGUGAAUUUGCUAUUUGAAAAAUUAUUGUUCAGGGGAGGUAAUUUUUAAAUUUCUUAAAAUUCAAAACUUUCACAUGUAGAAAAUUUCAAAUGAAAACAUAUAAGUUAAAUCACUGCUUUGUUAAAUCUGUUUCAUCAUAGUGUACUAUUUUUUGUUAUUUUUCUGUUUUGUUGAAAGUAGAAUUUUUAGAUUUUAAAAACUUUAAUCAUAUUGAUGACUAUUAUAUAUCAAUGUGUGUUGAAAUUCAAAGAACAGAAUAAAAGCAGCUUAUAUGAUUUUACAAACAAAACUAUUUAAAAGAAAUAUCACAAAAGAUAUCUGACAAAUAAAAAUAAUGGAAAUAAUAAGACAGAAAACAGUUAUGUCAGUAUAGUAUACAGAUCUGAAAAGUGACUUUUAAUGGCAAUAUUUGUAGGGCUGGUUGUAAUAGGGAAGUGCAACAUUAAAUUUAGCCUUAAAUUGUUAAUGUGUUGUUUUAAUUUGUUCACAUCAUACUUAGGUAUAGUUCUGUGGCUUUGAAUUAGAAAAAAAUACAAACUGCAUCUAUGAAGUAGAUAGAUCUGAUAUAUGUCAACUGUUUCAUCUUUUUCAAGAUUUUCAAGUUUUUGUUAUGAAAGUAAUGUACUCUCUUAUCACAUAAAAAAAAUGAACCCUUUUCUGAAAACUAUCAUAAGCAGCAGAACUUUACCUUAAUCAUAUAUUUGACUAAUAAUUGUUAAGUUUUUAAUAAGAAAAUAUAUAUGCAAACAUUUUAUUAUACAGAAAUGAGAUACUUGUUAUCAGAAGUCAGAAUUUGUACUCAUUCCUCCUCAAGUUUAAGUAUUAACCUUUUGAACGAAGAUUUUUUUUCUAGUGGGUUAUUUAUUUUAUCUGAAAAUAAGUAUAUUACAGUAUGAAUAAUCAAUAAGGGAUAUAAUCAACCAACGCCCACAACCCAAUUAAUUAGGUAUGUAGGUAGAUUUAUAUAACUGUUUAUAUGACAGUUGAUUAUUAUUUUAUACCCCCCAAAAAUAUAUCGCCAUUUUAGAUUCUUAGGAAUUCUGUGUAUUUUUUUCAAAAGCAUCCACCAAAAAGAUCUGAAACUAUGGUAAUCACACCAAUGGUGUAUUAUUUCAGUUUCUGUGUUCUACAAUUAAUUCACCCACAUUAUCGAUUUUUCAAGUAAUUUAUAAUUCAUUGAUAGACCAUCAGGCCCAUUAUCAAUUCUUUUUCCCCUCAAUAUUGCAAGGCAAGUAUCUCAUUUUCUGUAGCCUCACAAUCAUCUGCAACGGUGUGUUUUGUGAGAACUCAAUCAAAAAUAUUGUUUUGUACAUAAAAAGUAAGAAUUGUGUAUAUAUAUAUAUAUAUACUGAUUUGUUAUACAUAAUGUACAGUUGUUAUAAACAUUUCAAACUUUUAUUUUAACUAGAGAUAGAAUUAGUCUGAUUAAAGUUAUAUCGAAGGUUGCUAUGGAAUGUUGAUAUAAAAUGUGAAAUCUGAGGAAACAGCUCCUUAAAUAUAUGAGAAUUCAUUUUUUGUUUGUUUUUCAACCUUCAAUUUUUUUAAAUCAGAAUUUUCGUCUUUUUUACAUUUUUAUAGGAUUAUUUAACUAUUUAUUUAUUUUUAUUUAUUUAUAUAUUGUUCUUAGACUUGAGGGUUCCUGACAGUUCUUAAAGUUAUGAUGUAUCGUGAAAACAAAUGCAGUCUUUUUUUUUUACUUUCUCCUUAAUUAUCUUUUUUUUUUAAAUUUAUUUCUGUAUUUUUUCUUCUUUUUUUUUGCAAUUUUAGAUUCUGCUCUCUAUUUAUACAUUUAACAUACUCUUUUUAUUUAUUUUAUUUAUCUAAUUAUGUAUUAUUGGAACAUAGAUACUGUAUAUGAUGAUAUUUUUAGACCCUUUAAAAAUUUAUAUUUAGUUACAGAUAAAUAUUACAAAUGUACAUUGCAUUGGUAAUAUCAGAGACAUGUAUAUGUGUAAACAUGUCUCUGGUAAUAAUAGAUAUAUUCUUUUAUUUUUUAUUUUUCCUCAGAUUCUUACAUUUUUACAUCAAAGGAAAGAAGCAACUAAAAAUAUAAUUUCUAUUAGAUUGAUAUUUAACAUUAUAUACCAAAAAAUUUUUAAUCUCAUUAUAGUCUUUCGAAGCAUGUGAUAUAUGUUGUAGGCACAAAACCAUUUAGUUACAACCUUUUUUCAUUGAUAGUUAUCUCCCUUUUAUAACAAUAAUUUGCCAUAAUGAUAGUGUAUUUCCACAUAACUAUGGCAUCACUUUUCAAUAUAAAGUAUUUUUGUUGAGGAACUAUCCUUGAUUGUAAUGGGCAUUUAACAUUUUUUAAUUUAUGCAGCUUAUAUUCAGUAACCUUUGAAAUGAUUCAUAUUGACUUCCAAUUAUUAAAUAUCCUAUAUUAAUUGAAUUAUUAAUUCAGAAAUAAAAUAACCCAAUAUUUUAAAGGUAAAAUGUUAAUGUAAUAUUUUUCGAUAUGCUAGUUGUAAGGAUUGAUAUAAGUGAAAUUUAAAGAACUAUAUUCACCCAAAUUACCCAAAUAUGAUAUCAAAAUCAGAAAAGACACAUAUAUAUAUAACCCACUUAUAACCAUUUCUAUCAAUUUUUACUUUUAUCAAGAAGAUGUUUUAGUUUUCCUAAUUCCAAAACCUAUGUGUGUUAAUAAAAACCUAUUAGAUUUUUUUUUAUUUAAACCAACAUUUUUUUAGAAUGGUUCAGCUAUUUAAAUUUUUUACACCUUAAUUAUGAUGUUAAGAUAAUUGUUUUAAGUGAUUAUUUAUGUACACACAUUAUUAAAAACUUCGUUAGAAUAUAAAUAACUAAUCUGUAAAUAAAAACAUGAUUCAUUAAAUUAAAGAUAUUAAAAUAUGAA